AGGAGCGCCAACAGAAGUGCGCUUAUGAAACCAAAGCAAAGCGGUAGCGCCGUUAACCCGAAUUAUCAGAGGAGAACUGGAUCAACCGCGAAUGGGUUUGGACAAGUUCUGCAGUGCGGACGGUUCCGACCCGUUUUGGGAUUGGAACCGUACGUGGCACGUGGGAAACCCAGAUCUGACCCAGUGCUUUCAGAACACAGUGCUGGUAUGGGUCCCCUGUCUCUACCUCUGGGUCUGUGCCCCAAUCUAUUUCCUGUACCUCAAAAGCCACGACCGGGGCUACAUAUGCAUGACCCACCUCAACAGAGCCAAAACCGCAGUAGGUUUUCUCCUGUGGAUCGUCUGCUGGGCAGAUGUGUUUUACUCUUUCUGGGAAAGAAGCCAGCAUGACAGCGAUGCCUCCUCCUCCACCCAGGCACCUGUUUAUCUGGUCAGCCCCACCAUGCUCGGCAUCACUAUGCUGCUAGCCACCCUCCUGACCCAGUAUGAGAGGUUAAAAGGAGUCCAGUCUUCAGGGGUGAUGCUCAACUUCUGGCUGGUGGCCGUCCUCUGUGCUUCCGUCACAUUCAGAUCCAAGAUCAUACAAGCCCUCAACGAGCCGUCGACGGUGUUUGUGUUCAGAUACACAACCUUCUACAUCUACUACACACUGCUGCUCAUCUCUCUGCUCCUGUCAGCCCUCUCAGACCAGCCUCCUCUCUUCUCAGAGGCAUCUAAAGACGCUAAUCCCUGUCCUGAGAUCGGAGCUUCCUUUCUGUCCAGAAUCAGCUUCUGGUGGAUCACUGGUCUGAUAGUAACAGGUUAUAAGCGUCCGUUGGAGCAGAAGGAUCUGUGGUGUCUGAACUCAGAGGACCGCUCCCAGAGGGUCGUCCCUCAGCUCGUACGACGCUGGAACAACGAGUGCCUGAAGGUCAAAAGACCGGAGGAGAAGACUCUGUACUCCCCUAAGAAGGCUCCUCGGGGAGAGAGGAAGGAGGGUGUCCCCGUAGAGGAGUCAGAGAUCCUGAUUAUGAAGACACCCCAGAAGACAAGAGAACCCUCUCUGUUCUGGGCCCUCUGUCUCACCUUCGGGCCCUACUUCCUCAUCUCUUCACUCUACAAGAUCAUCCAGGACAUUCUCAUGUUCGUUGGGCCGAAUAUACUCAGGUUGCUGAUCCAGUUUGUGAACGACUCUAGCGCCCCCUCGUGGCAGGGCUACUUCUACACCGCGCUGCUGUUCGUCUGCACCUGCUUCCAGACCCUCAUCCUGCAGAAGUACUUCCAUGUGUGCUUCGUCACGGGAAUGAGGCUACGCACUGCUAUAGUAGGAGCUGUCUACAGGAAGGCUCUGGUGAUCAGUAACGCUGCGCGGCGUACGUCGACAGUGGGAGAGAUCGUCAACCUGAUGUCGGUCGACGCCCAGCGCUUCAUGGACCUCAUCACCUACAUCAACAUGAUCUGGUCUGCUCCUCUACAGGUCAUACUGGCCCUGUACUUCCUGUGGCAGAACUUGGGUCCGUCGGUGCUGGCUGGCGUGGCUGUAAUGGUUCUGAUGGUGCCAAUCAACGGUGUGAUCGCCAUAAAGACCAAAACAUACCAGGUAGCUCAGAUGAAGAGUAAAGACAACCGCAUCAAGCUGAUGAACGAAGUUCUCAACGGCAUCAAGGUGUUGAAGCUGUAUGCGUGGGAGCUGGCCUUCAAAGACAAGGUGUCAGCCAUCAGAGAGAGCGAGCUCCGUGUCCUCAAGAAGGCUGCUUACCUGGGGGCCAUAUCCACCUUCACCUGGGUCUGUGCUCCCUUUCUGGUGGCGCUGUCUACGUUCACCGUGUAUGUGAUGAUAGAUGAGAGGAACGUGCUAGAUGCUCAGAAGGCAUUUGUGUCUCUGGCUCUGUUCAACAUCCUGCGUUUCCCCCUCAACAUGCUGCCCAUGGUCAUCAGCAGCAUGGUCCAGGCCAGUGUUUCUAUGAAACGUCUGUGUGUGUUUCUGUCUCAUGAGGAGCUGCAGGAGGACAGUGUGGAGCGCAUGGCUGUAGCAGGCUGCUCAGACAGUAUCUCCAUUGAGGACGGGGUGUUCAGCUGGUGUAGAAACGAUGCCCCCACUCUGAAGAGGUUGAGUGUACGUAUCCCAGAUGGGUCUCUGGUAGCUGUGGUGGGACACGUUGGCUCAGGGAAAUCCUCUCUGCUCUCUGCUCUGCUGGGGGAGAUGGAGAAACUAGAGGGAUCUGUCUCUGUCAAGGGCUCUGUGGCCUAUGUACCUCAGCAGGCGUGGAUCCAGAAUGCCACCCUGAAAGACAACAUAGUGUUUGGUCAGGAGAGGAAGGAGAGCUGGUACCACAGAGUGGUGGAGGCCUGCGCCCUGCUGCCAGACCUGGAGAUCCUGCCUGCUGGAGACGGCACUGAGAUCGGGGAGAAGGGUGUGAACCUGUCAGGUGGUCAGAAGCAGAGGGUCAGUCUGGCCAGGGCGGUCUACUGCGACUGUGCUGUCUAUCUAUUGGACGAUCCUCUGUCGGCGGUCGACGCCCACGUGGGCAAACACAUCUUCGAGAAGGUUGUCGGGCCCCAGGGAGUCCUCAAGGACAGGACUCGUGUCCUGGUGACCCACGGUCUGAGCUUCCUGCCCCAGGCAGAUCUGAUCCUGGUGAUGGUGGAGGGAGAGAUCACUGAGAGGGGCUCCUACCUGGAGCUGAUGGCACGUGACGGGGCCUUCGCUGAGUUCCUCAGGACUUACGCCAACAAAGAGCAGGAAGAUGACGAAUCAGAAGAGGGGAGGGAGGAGGAGGAGGAUACUGAAGACUCUGCACCAAAGAGAGGACUGGAGAAUGGACUUCCUGCUGCUGUGAUUGGUCAGAACCAUACCAGUACAUCAGCAGUGAGGACAGAAGGAGAGGUCCUGGGGAAGAAGGCCAAGAACGCUGAGGUGGGGAGAAUCACAGAGGCUGACAAGGCCAACACCGGGCGGGUGAAGUUGUCAGUAUUCUGGGAGUAUAUGAAGGCUAUAGGGGUGGUGUUGUCCUGCGUCAGUAUCUUCCUGUUCUUCAGUCACCACUUCGCCUCUCUCUUCUCUAACUACUGGCUCAGUCUGUGGACUGACGACCCAGUCGUCAACGGAACCCAGCCCAGCAGAGAGAUGAGACUGGGGGUGUACGGAGCUCUGGGGGCCUCACAGGGCAUAGCUGUGUUCUGCUACUCCAUCUCUGUCUCUAUCGGUGGUAUAUUAGCAUCACGCUACCUCCACCAGUCCAUGCUGUACAACGUACUGCUCCCCAUGUCCUUCUUCGAGCGCACCCCCAGCGGUAACCUGGUGAACCGUUUCUCCAAGGAGACAGACACCAUUGACUCUAUCAUCCCAAGUAUCAUUAAGAUGUUCAUGGGCUCCAUGUUCAACGUAGUAGGAUCCUGUGUGGUCAUACUGAUCGCUACUCCACUAGUGGCUAUUAUCAUACCUCCUCUGGGGAUACUCUACUUCUUUGUCCAGCGUUUCUACGUGGCGUCGUCUCGUCAGUUGAAGCGUCUGGAGUCCGUCAGUCGCUCCCCGGUCUACACACACUUCAACGAGACGUUGCUAGGCGCCAGCGUCAUCCGAGCCUUUGGGGAGCAGGAACGCUUCAUCAGGGAGAGUGACGGUCGAGUUGACCACAACCAGAAAGCAUACUACCCCAGCAUCGUAGCCAACCGGUGGCUGGCGGUGCGUCUGGAGUUUGUAGGGAACUGUAUCGUAAUGUUUGCUGCUCUGUUUGCUGUGAUGGCCAGAGAGAGCCUCAGCCCUGGGAUCAUGGGCCUGUCCAUCUCAUACGCACUACAGCUGACGGCCUCUCUGACCUGGCUAGUGAGGAUGUCUUCAGAUCUAGAAACCAACAUUGUGGCCGUGGAGAGAGUCAAGGAGUACGAAGACACAGAGAAAGAGGCGGACUGGAGACAUGACCAAUCGUCUCUGCCUCCAGGCUGGCCCACAGCAGGCAACAUAGACAUCAGAGGGUUUGGUCUGCGAUACAGAGAGGACCAGGAACUGGCAGUACGCAACAUCACCGUAGCCAUCCACGGAGGAGAGAAGGUGGGUAUAGUAGGUCGUACAGGAGCAGGGAAGUCCUCUCUGACUCUAGGAUUGUUCCGCAUCAUCGAGGCGUGUGAGGGAGAGAUUCAUAUCGAUGGAGUUAACAUCGCCACGCUGGGUCUCCAUGAACUCCGCUCCAGGAUCACCAUCAUACCACAGGACCCAGUGUUGUUCUCUGGGUCUCUGAGGAUGAAUCUGGACCCCUUCGAUGGCUACUCUGAUGAGGAGGUGUGGAGAGCCCUGGAGCUCUCCCAUCUCAAGAGCUUUGUGUCGGGCCUGCCGGACAAACUCAACCACGAGUGUUCAGAGGGAGGAGAGAACCUCAGUCUGGGUCAGCGCCAGCUGGUGUGUCUGGCCCGAGCCCUCCUGAGGAAGACGAAGAUCUUAGUUCUGGAUGAGGCCACAGCUGCUGUGGACCUGGAGACAGACAACCUGAUCCAGUCCACCAUCAGAACCCAGUUUGAUGACUGCACUGUCCUGACCAUCGCACACAGACUCAAUACUAUCAUGGACUACACCAGAGUGCUGGUCCUGGAUAAAGGGGAGAUGGCAGAGUUUGACUCUCCCGCCACUCUCAUCACCAAGAGAGGAAUCUUCUACAAGAUGGCUAAAGACUCUGGACUGGUCUGAGUGGGCGAACGGGAGAGGACAGGUUGCCUAAAGACAACAUCCCUCCUUACAGAGAACUCCUCCUCCAACCCCCUCUUCCUCUCCUCCGACCGGGAGGCUGUGCAGGGAAGAAGUAGCAGAGAGAGAGAGGAGAUUUCUAAGGAUUUCUAUGUUUCUGAUAGAGUG